UGAGAAUUUCAGCACUGUCGGAACCACAAGUAAUGGUGAAUGUUUUCACUCUUGCUUGAGAGUGAGUUCUGAAACUACCAACGAGCCUUUCUUGAAAUUUUUGUGGCUGAGUCCUUGGUGGAGGUUACAUAGAUACAUGUUUUCAUGAAGAGAAGUGAGAAGCCGGAAGGAUAUAGACAAAUGAGGCCUAAGACUUUUCCUGCUAGUAACUACACUGGCAGCAGCCGGCAAAUGUUACAAGAAAUACGAGAGAGCCUUAGGAAUUUGCCUAAGCCCUCAGAUGCUGCUAAGGCUGAGCACAAUAUGGGUAAAAUGUCAGCUGAAGAUCCCAGACAAGGCCGAAAUCCCCCCAAAUUUGUAACAUACCAUAAAGCUUUGCAAGAAAUUCGAAACUCUCUGCUGCCUUUUGCAAACGAAACCAGCUCCUCAGCCAGGGGAACAUCUGAAAUCAAUCGACAAAUGCUACAAGACUUACAGGCUGCUGGGUUUGAUGAGGAUAUGGUUGUACGAGCUCUUAGGCAAACUAACAGCCGUAGUAUAGAAGCAGCAAUUGAAUUCAUAAGUAAAAUGAGCUACCAAGAUCCUCGUCGAGAGCAGAUGGCUGCAGCAGCAGCCAGACCUGUUAAUACAGGCAUGAAACCACCAGCAGGUAGUGUGCAGCAAUCAGUUAACCGCAAACAGAGCUGGAAAGGUUCUAAAGAGUCCUUGGUACCUCAGAGACAUGGCCCUCCAUUGGGAGAUAGUGUAGCUUAUCGUUCAGAAAGUCCAAGUUCUCAGUCAGAUGUAGGAAGGCCCUUAUCUGGUUCUGGAUUAGCAGCAUUUGCUCAGGCUCAUCCUGGCAAUGGACAAAGAGUGAAUCCACCACCUCCACCACAAGUAAGGAGUGUUACUCCCCCCCCUCCACCUCCAAGAGGGCAGACUCCUCCACCAAGAGGAACAACUCCUCCACCUCCUUCCUGGGAACCAAAUGCUCAAACAAAACGUUAUUCUGGAAGCAUGGAAUAUAUGAUCUCUCGCAUUUCUCCAGUACCACCAGGAGCAUGGCAGGAUGGCUAUCCGCCCCCACCAAUGAAUCCGUCACCCAUAAGUUCUUCUACGCAGGGACAAAGAGGCAUUAAUUCUGUUCCACUUGGCAGGCAACCAAUAAUCAUGCAGAGUUCUGCCAAUAGCAAGUUUAGUUUUCCAUCAGGAAGAGCUGGAAUGCAAAAUGGCAAUUGUCAGACUGAUUUCAUGGUUCAUCAGAAUGUUGUAUCUGGGAACUCGGUCAAUCGUCAGCCACCCCCUCCGUACCCAAUAUCCCCAACUAACAGGCAAAGUCCUACAGCAUUGCAGAUGCAAGCAGGAGGAUCUGUUCCUCCUUCAGCAUACACCAAUGGAAAUAUUCCUCAGUCCAUGAUGGUGCCAAAUAGAAACAGCCACAACAUGGAACUUUACAAUAUAAAUCUACCUGGAAUACCAAUGUCCUGGUCACAGCCUUCAUCUGCUCCACCCCAAUCACCACCUGGCAGUGGACAUGAAAUUCCUACAUGGCAACCCAACAUUCCAGUAAGAUCAAAUUCUUUCAAUAACCCUCAUGGAAAUAGACAGAGUCACUCUAGCAGUUCUCAGCCUUCAGCCACCACAGUAACAGCUAUAACCCCAGCUCCCAUUCAGCAGCCAGUAAAAAGUAUGCGAGUAUUAAAGCCAGAGCUGCAGACUGCCUUAGCACCAACUCAUCCUUCUUGGAUGCCACAGCCAAUGCAAGCUGUCCAACCAGUCCCCUUCUCUGAGAGUCCAUCUACCAACAUGGCAGUUAUGUCACCUGUUGCAGAAGCUCCAAAUUACCAAGGUCCUCCACCACCUUACCCAAAACACUUGCUACACCAGAAUCCAUCUGUCAGUCCAUAUGAGACAGGAACCAAACCUAGCAAAGAAGAUCAUCCCAGUUUACCUAAGGAAGAAGAGAGUGAAAAGAGUCAUGAAUGUGUUGAUGGGACAGAUAAAGAAAAAAAACAAAUAACAACCUCACCUGUUCCUGUUAGGAAAAAUAAGAGAGAUGAAGAGCGAAGGGAGUCUCGCAUUCAAAGCUAUUCUCCUCAGGCCUUUAAAUUCUUCAUGGAGCAACAUGUGGAAAACAUACUCAAGUCUCAUCAGCAACGAUUGCAUCGUAAGAAACAACUAGAGAAUGAAAUGAUGCGGGUUGGGUUGUCCCAAGAUGCCCAGGAUCAAAUGAGAAAAAUGCUGUGCCAGAAGGAAUCUAACUACAUUCGUCUCAAAAGGGCUAAAAUGGACAAAUCAAUGUUUGUAAAAAUUAAGACUCUUGGCAUUGGGGCAUUUGGAGAGGUCUGCCUAGCAAGGAAAGUGGACACUAAUGCUUUAUAUGCAACAAAAACCCUGCGGAAGAAAGAUGUGCUGCUUCGGAACCAAGUUGCUCAUGUUAAAGCUGAGCGGGAUAUCCUUGCAGAGGCUGACAAUGAGUGGGUGGUUCGCCUGUACUAUUCAUUCCAAGAUAAGGACAAUUUGUACUUUGUAAUGGAUUACAUUCCAGGAGGUGAUAUGAUGAGCCUAUUAAUUAGAAUGGGUGUCUUCCCAGAAAAUCUGGCACGGUUCUAUAUAGCAGAGCUGACCUGCGCAGUUGAAAGUGUUCACAAGAUGGGCUUCAUUCACAGAGACAUUAAACCUGAUAACAUUUUGAUUGAUCGUGAUGGUCAUAUUAAACUGACUGACUUCGGGCUUUGUACAGGUUUUCGAUGGACGCAUGAUUCCAAAUACUAUCAGAGUGGUGACCAUUCACGUCAAGACAGCAUGGAUUUCAGUAAUGAAUGGGGUGAUCCAGCAAACUGCAGAUGUGGAGACAGGCUUAAGCCACUUGAGCGUAGGGCAGCGCGUCAGCAUCAACGUUGUUUGGCACAUUCACUUGUUGGCACACCUAAUUACAUUGCACCAGAAGUACUCUUACGAACAGGAUAUACACAACUGUGCGAUUGGUGGAGUGUUGGAGUAAUUCUCUUUGAAAUGUUGGUGGGGCAGCCUCCCUUCCUGGCACAAACACCAUUGGAAACACAAAUGAAGGUUAUCAAUUGGCAAACAGCUCUUCACAUCCCACCUCAAGCUAAAUUGACUCCAGAGGCUUCUGACCUUAUUAUCAAACUCUGCCGAGGGCCAGAAGACCGCUUAGGCAAGAAUGGUACAGAUGAAAUAAAAGCUCAUCCAUUUUUUAAAGCUAUUGAUUUUUCAAGUGAUCUACGACAGCAGACUGCUUCAUAUGUUCCUAAAAUUACACAUCCCACAGACACAUCCAAUUUUGACCCAGUUGAUCCCGAUAAGUUAUGGAGUGAUGAUAAGGAAGGGAAUGUAAAUGACACACUUAAUGGGUGGUACAAAAAUGGGAAACAUCCUGAACAUGCUUUUUAUGAGUUCACAUUUCGAAGGUUUUUUGACGACAAUGGCUACCCAUACAACUACCCAAAACCCAUUGAAUAUGAAUACAAUAAUCCACAAAACUUGGAGCAGCAAUCAGAUGACGAUGAUGAGCAGGCAGGCAAAGGGGUUCAAAAUCGUGAUCUAGUUUAUGUUUAGCAGAGAAGUUGAAGAUAUUUGAACCGUGUGUUUUGAAGUUGGGAUUUUUCAAAAAUCCCCUGUGAUGAGAGAAUUAACAUAAGAUUGCUUGGGUAAAUAUAUGCACACUU